GUCUGAGCCGGUCUCCGGCGCAGGCCCAGUGCGGAUAAACAGGAAGCGGGUGGUAGAGGCAGUGGCAGAGAAAACGUAGGGGCUUUGGGGGAAACAGCGGAAGAGGUAGAUUAUCGGGAGGCCAACAGAGAUUGAGAACGCGAAAAAGAGUCUUAGCUACCUACGUUCCAGGGAACAGGAGGUCGCGGCGUCGCUCUCCGCUUAGGCUUCCUGCUGCCCAGGUUAGGCUGAAGCAGCAGCUGACAAAAGGCUUGUGCUGGGGCCGCCGCCCUUCUCAUCCGGGCAUUCGGGUCCCUGCGGAGAGGGAGGGGGAAGGGCAGAGGGGGAGGAGAAGGAGCAGGAGGGGCGCGCGCUUGGAGCCGAGGGCCUCUUCAGGGCUCCAGGCCGGCGGCCCAACGGACGGAGGCGGAGGAGGACCUGCAGAGGUGGCAGCGGCCGGGGGCAGGAGGAUGGUGCAGAAGGAGUGCCAGGCGGCGCUGGAGGAGCGGGAGAGCGAGCUCAACUCCAACACUGCAGCCUCCGCGGGGGCAUCGUUGGAGCCGCCGGCAGCUCCGGCCCCCGGAGACGACAACCCAACCGGGGCCGGGGGACCAGCGGUGGCCGCAGCUGCAGGAGGGGCUCGGAGGUUCCUGUGUGGCGUGGUGGAAGGAUUUUAUGGAAGACCAUGGGUUAUGGAACAGAGAAAAGAACUCUUUAGAAGGCUCCAGAAGUGGGAAUUAAAUACAUACUUGUAUGCCCCAAAAGAUGACUACAAACAUAGGAUGUUUUGGCGAGAGAUGUAUUCAGUGGAGGAAGCUGAGCAGCUUAUGACUCUCAUCUCUGCUGCACGGGAAUAUGAGAUAGAGUUCAUCUAUGCUAUCUCACCUGGAUUGGAUAUUACUUUUUCUAACCCCAAAGAAGUAUCUACAUUGAAACGCAAACUGGAUCAGGUUUCUCAGUUUGGGUGUAGGUCAUUUGCCUUGCUUUUUGAUGACAUUGACCAUAAUAUGUGUGCGGCAGACAAAGAGGUGUUCAGUUCUUUUGCUCAUGCCCAGGUCUCCAUCACAAAUGAAAUUUAUCAGUACCUAGGAGAGCCGGAAACUUUCCUCUUCUGUCCCACAGAGUAUUGUGGCACUUUCUGUUAUCCAAAUGUGUCUCAGUCCCCUUAUUUAAGGACUGUGGGUGAAAAACUUCUACCUGGAAUUGAGGUGCUUUGGACAGGUCCCAAAGUUGUUUCCAAAGAAAUUCCAGUAGAAUCCAUUGAAGAGGUUUCUAAGAUAAUUAAGAGAGCCCCAGUAAUCUGGGAUAACAUUCAUGCUAAUGAUUAUGAUCAGAAGAGACUGUUUCUGGGCCCAUACAAAGGAAGAUCCACAGAACUCAUCCCACGGUUAAAAGGAGUCCUGACUAAUCCAAAUUGUGAAUUUGAAGCUAACUAUGUUGCUAUCCACACCCUUGCCACCUGGUACAAAUCAAACAUGAAUGGAGUGAGAAAAGAUGUAGUGAUGACUGACAGUGAAGACAGUACUGUAUCGAUCCAGAUAAAGUUAGAAAAUGAAGGCAGUGAUGAAGAUAUUGAAACUGAUGUACUCUAUAGUCCACAGAUGGCUCUAAAGUUAGCGUUAACAGAAUGGUUGCAGGAGUUUGGCGUACCUCAUCAGUACAGCAGUAGACAAGUUGCACACAGUGGAGCUAAAGCAAGUGUAGUUGAUGGGACUCCCCUAGUUGCAACACCUUCUUUAAAUGCCACAACUGUAGUAACAACAGUUUACCAGGAGCCCAUUAUGAGCCAAGGAACAGCCUUGAGUGGUGAGCCUACAGUUCUGACCAAGGAAGAUGAAAAGAAACAACCAGAUGAGGAACCCAUGGACAUGGUAGUGGAAAAACAAGAAGAAACAGACCACAAGAAUGACAAUCAAAUCCUGACUGAAAUUGUUGAAGCUAAAAUGGCAGAGGAAUUGAAACCAAUGGACACUGAUAAAGAGAGCAUAGUUGAAUUAAAAUCCCCAGAGAUGUCUAUGCAGGAAGAUUGCAUUAGUGAUAUUGCACCUAUGCAGACUGAUGAACACACAAACAAGGAGCAGUUUGUGCCAGGUCCAAAUGAAAAGCCUUUGUAUGCUGCAGAACCAGUGACUCUGGAGGAUUUGCAGUUACUUGCUGACCUUUUCUACCUUCCUUAUGAGCAUGGACCCAAAGGAGCACAGAUGUUACGGGAAUUCCAGUGGCUUCGGGCAAAUAGCAGUGUUGUCAGUGUCAAUUGCAAAGGAAAAGACUCUGAAAAAAUUGAAGAAUGGAGGUCACGAGCAGCCAAGUUUGAAGAGAUGUGUGGACUAGUGAUGGGAAUGUUCACUCGGCUCUCCAAUUGUGCCAACAGGACAAUCCUUUAUGACAUGUACUCCUAUGUUUGGGAUAUCAAGAGUAUCAUGUCUAUGGUGAAGUCUUUUGUACAGUGGUUAGGGUGUCGUAGUCAUUCUUCAGCACAGUUCUUAAUUGGAGACCAAGAACCCUGGGCCUUUAGAGGUGGUCUAGCAGGAGAGUUCCAGCGUUUGCUGCCAAUUGAUGGGGCAAAUGAUCUCUUUUUUCAACCACCCCCACUGACUCCUACUUCCAAAGUUUAUACUAUCAGACCAUAUUUUCCUAAAGAUGAGGCUUCUGUGUACAAGAUUUGCAGAGAAAUGUAUGACGAUGGAGUGGGUUUACCUUUUCAAAGUCAGCCUGACCUUAUUGGAGACAAGUUAGUAGGAGGGCUGCUUUCCCUCAGCCUGGAUUACUGCUUUGUACUAGAAGAUGAAGAUGGCAUAUGUGGUUAUGCCCUGGGCACUGUAGAUGUGACCCCCUUCAUUAAGAAAUGUAAAAUUUCCUGGAUUCCCUUCAUGCAGGAGAAGUAUACCAAGCCAAAUGGUGACAAAGAACUCUCUGAGGCUGAGAAAAUAAUGUUGAGUUUCCAUGAAGAGCAGGAAGUACUGCCAGAAACUUUCCUUGCCAACUUCCCUUCUCUGAUAAAGAUGGAUAUUCACAAAAAAGUAACUGACCCAAGUGUAGCUAAAAGCAUGAUGGCUUGCCUCCUGUCUUCACUGAAGGCUAAUGGCUCCCGGGGGGCUUUCUGUGAAGUGAGACCAGAUGAUAAGAGAAUUCUGGAAUUUUACAGCAAGUUAGGCUGUUUUGAAAUUGCAAAAAUGGAAGGAUUUCCAAAGGAUGUGGUUAUACUUGGUCGGAGCCUGUGACAUUUGUUGGCAAUAUGAACUGUCCAAAAGUCUCAACUUCACCUGGUGGGUGGUGGUUGGGGUCUUCGUUCAUUUCAGCCUCUGGAGUGGCAACAAAUCAGCCGUUUGGGAUUGGAAACAAAGAAGACUGUGUAAAACUCACCUAUCACACUUGGAGAAUACUCACUGGUGUUAGAACAUAGUAUUGCUGCAAAUCCUGUAUGAGUCAGAGGUUUGGGCCUCCUUUUUAUGUUUUGUGUUAGAUGCCAAGACUUCUACACAUGUAAUCUACAUGGGAUUACAGGGUGAGGGUCUUGAAUAAAUGUAGUCAGCACUGUUUUCUGCA